AAGGAAAUGAUCAGAAGGAGGGAGAUGAAGAAAACUGAUGGCAGUCCAAGCCCUCAACCAUUGUCGGAUGUGGAAGAAAGGGUAGCAAGUCUCAUACCCACUUGCCAGUUAGAGGGUAUUGAAGGUGGAAUGGAGUCUGAAUACUUUGAAACAAGUCCAACAGAGUCAUGUGUGACCACUCAGUCUCCACCAGUGACCGAGGUCUCAGUGGACACCGGCGACAAGUGUGUCCCUGAUACCCCAGUGGGAAGCUCUUCAUGUGAAGAUUUUAUAUCAUCAUUGCACAGUGUACUAUCACCUCCCAACGUUGCAGUAAAGCCACCUUUCAAGCAGACAAAAAGGAAACAUCAUACUGUGGCUGAUGAUCCAUCUGACGACGACAUUCAGAAUAUUGUCAAAAUUGAAAAAGAAAAGUUAGAUGUGUUGAGAAGAAUAGCUCAGGCAAUGGAGGAACGGAACAUCAUUGAAAGAGAAAAGUUGGAAAUAAAGAAAAGGAGAAUGGAGUUUGAUUCAGUUUUAAGUAUUGACCCUGUUAUCAAAUUUUGAAUGGACUGAACCCUAUACUAGGUGGCCUGUCAAUGUUAACUAAUUGUAAGACCAGACCAAUUUCAUUUAUUGUUUUACAGAAUUUUGUCCUCAGAAAACCUAAAGGCAGGAGGGAAAAAUUAUAAAAAUAAAAUAAAAAUAAUACUCUUUCUAAAUGCUUAAAGUAUUUUACUUUUGGCAAUUUAUGAAGUGUAUGUAGAAACUAAAAAACUUUUUCUGGUAAGUUUACAUUUUUGGCCAAUAAAUUCAUUAUGAUAUAAUUUUUUUGAGAGAGGAAAAUUAAUAUUUACUUUAUUUUCUCAUUCUAGAAAAAAAAUUAAAAGCUACCAGCUGAACCGUAAAACAAGAAGUAAAACUGGUCUGGCCUAAAAGAUCAUUAAUGGAUAUGUAUUGCCAGAGAACAGAACCAUUAUCACCACUUGAUGUGUAUGUACCUUUCAAGUAAAAUAGCAGUAAUUUGAUAAUAUAAGAUGUUGGUUAUUUUGGGCUGCUUUCCCAUUUGUCAGCUUAUUAAGAAACAUCCUUUAAUCCCAAUUAAUAUAAUUCCUGAAAUAUUUGACACCAAAAUAGCACUUGUAUUAUGUAUUGUAACAUAAGAUUCUCUUGUUUUUCUAUGAAUUGUUACACUGUACAUAUGCAUUUAGGAAUUUUAAAAUAUGCACAUUCUUUAUACAUUUUAUGUGAAUCUCUCUCUAAUGAUAUUUCUGCGAACAGUUUGUCCAUCAGUCUGUGGUGAACCAUCGGGAAAAUGAUUAUCAUCAUUCUCAUCUUCAUCUAGGUCAUGAUCUACAAGACAGGGCAUAUUUCUACUUAGGCAAAAAUUGUGCAGCUUGAAGCAGGCCAUAAUAAUUUUGGAGCUUUUUGCUGGGGUGAAGGGAAGGCAGCCAGUGCUUUUGUGUAGACAUCUGAAAUUAGGAAAUCCAAAUUUAGAACAAUGUGUGUGUGUGUGCAUGUGUGUGAGUGAGAGAGAGAGAAAUAUAUCUACAUUUAACAUAUCACAUUAUUAUAUGAUAAUCAUAUAAUAAUUACAAUAUGAUAAAUAGAUAAAUGUGUUUUAAUUUUUUUUGAACUGUUGAAGGAAUUACAAUGCAAUCAAAUUUUCAUUUCAUUACUUUACUUUUUUGUUCAUUCACUAAACUUGCAAGGUUCAUACCUGAAUCUUGAUUUUAAAACGCCAAAGGCCCUUUCUACUACAUUUCUUGUUCUGCAGUGACAACUAUUGUAUCGCUCUUCUGGGCGUGUGUGUGCCUCUAGAAUGGGUGUCAAGAGCCAUGAACGACUUGGAUACCUGACAGAACAGUAAUGGAAAAGUGAACAUAGUAUUUAUUAUUUAGGUAUUUUUAAUACUUACAAAAGAUGAACAUAUCUUUAUAGUGUUUAAAUCAAACUAUGUUAUAGUAAACCUUUAAGAUGUUACUUUCAUAAAUGGAGAAUUGCUUAUGGAUACUUACAUUUUAGUAAUUACUAAAACUGAUAGCAACUAUCCAGGAUGUAAAGCAUGUCAAUCAGGUAAAACAAAUUAUAUUGACACUAACCCUGAGUCACCUAGCAGCCAGCCAUCUACAGGGUUUUUUUCCAGGUGUUGUCCCAGGGCAGAGCUAGACAGCACUGUUGCAUCAUGUGUUGCCCCAGGCCAUCUACUAACCACAUUAAGGAAUCUAGAAAUUAAACAUAUCUGUGGGUUAGUUCAUUGGAUAUGACCAGUGUUGUAGUUUGAUAAAAUAAAUAUAAAAGUCCUUUACAUUUCCAUUUAAAAGUCACUAUUUUUUCAGACUGUUUACAAACAGUUUUGUAACUUCAAAAUUACUUACAAUUUUCAUGUUAUCAUCAACUCUAAAUCAUUAUGUCAUUACCAUUUAUUUGUGAAGAUAAAAGUUACUUUUUCAUAUUUCAAUGUAUAUACUUAUUAGUUAUUUUUGCAUCACUUCAUUGUUUUCCAUAACAUAUAACUGUAAAUACAUUUCUGCUUAUAUCUUUUUAUCAACUUGUAAUGUACUAGUGACUAGAUACAUUCUUAUGCAAUGUUCUAAAUUUAUUUUCCAUGCAAUGACAGUCACUCAAGUAAUGAUACCUGCUUAAUUUCUUCAUCAGAAGCUUCAUUGUGUAUUUGCAAAUGUAUAUAGGAAGUGUAAGUUUGUUUUUAAGUAUAUUGUAUGUAAAUAUGUUCUAUGGGCCUGUGACCUGAAACUAUGACAUAAAGACAUUAAUCAGUUA